GGCGCAGUGAGCAGGCCGGCAGCAUGGCAGACAACUCAGUAUCGGAGCAGCUGUUACAGAGAUUACAAGAUGGAGGCAGUAAAGGCGUGGAUAGCUUGGAGCUGGCGGCCCUGCUCGGCGUGGAGCAUCAGCAGGUGGUGGGGGCAGUGAAGAGCCUGCAGUGCCUGGGGCAGAUAAUUGAGGCGGAACAGCGCUCCAGCAAGAAAUGGGAGCUCAGCUCAGAAGGGGAAGAGAUUGCCCGCGAGGGGAGCCACGAGGCCAGGGUCUUCCACAGCCUGCCCAAAGAAGGCUUGCUUCAGAGCGAGCUGAUGAAGCAGCCCAUAGCUAAAGUUGGCUUCAGUAAAGCCAUGUCCAACAAAUGGGUCCGUGUGGAUAAAGCAGCAGAAGGAGGGCCCCGCAUCUACAGAGUGGUAGACUCCAUAGAGGACGCAGUGAAGGAGAAACUCCAGCUCAUCCUCAAGGGAAAGGCCGAUGAUGUGAAUGAGAAGGACAAGAACGAGCUGAAGAAGAGGAAACUUGUCAAUGAAGUGACGGUUAAAUCCUAUUGGGUAACGAAGGGAUCCGGCUUUAGCACAAGCAUCACCAAGCAAGAGACCGACUUGACCCCCGAAAUGAUCGCCAGCGGAUCCUGGAGAGAGAAGCAGUUCAAGGGCUAUAACUUCAAUGCUCUGGGAGUGAUGCCAGAGUGCGGCCAUUUGCACCCUUUGUUGAAGGUGCGCACCCAGUUCCGGCAAAUCUUCCUGGAGAUGGGAUUCACAGAGAUGCCCACCAAUAACUUCAUAGAGAGCUCUUUCUGGAAUUUUGACGCACUGUUCCAGCCGCAGCAGCACCCUGCCCGGGAUCAGCACGACACCUUCUUCCUACAAGAUCCAGCCUUAGCCACAGAAUUUCCCAUGGAAUAUCUAGAAAAAGUAAAGAAGGUUCAUUCUGAAGGAGGAUAUGGUUCCCAAGGGUACAAAUACGAUUGGAGCAUCCACGAGGCACAAAAGAACAUCCUGAGGACACACACUACAGCAGUGAGCGCUCGGAUGCUGUACAAGUUGGCACAGCAGAAAGAGUUCUCCCCCGUGAAGUAUUUCUCCAUUGACCGGGUGUUCAGGAAUGAGACGCUCGACGCGACGCACUUGGCCGAGUUCCACCAGAUUGAGGGGGUCGUGGCAGAUCGGGGUUUGACUCUGGGGAACCUUAUGGGAGUCCUAAAAGAAUUCUUUCACAAGCUGGGAAUCACAAAACUGCGCUUCAAGCCGGCGUACAACCCUUACACAGAGCCCAGCAUGGAAGUGUUCAGUUACCAUGAAGGUGGGUAAUCCUGCGCUUAAGUCUCCCACAUGUUCUGGGCCAGCCCAUUGAUACUUACUCUAACAGCUGCUUCUGGGUGAGUUUAUAAGCCCCGGCACUGGCCUCUCCAACCAAUGGAAAGCCGGCACCAUGGUUGGAAACAUUCAGUAUUAUUUGGGGGGGAUUUAUUCCUGCUAAUAUCCCAUAUACAGGCAAGUCAAUCUGCCGCGGGUAAUCCUCUUGUGAUUAAAUCCAGAACCUGUAAUGUGCAAACGCUCAGGGAAUAUCCUCUCUCCUUUCUCUCGCUGGUCUCCGGGGGGAUUUGGGGCUGUUACAUAACACACAGCUGCUCACAAGCCGUGGGGGGAUUUUCUAGCCCUCGUCACAGAUUCUAUACAGAGAAUUGUUUUAAUCUGAAUUGUUAUGAAACCGCCGCGCCUUAACUUUUUCCUUCUGCUCCCCAGGGUUACAGAAAUGGGUGGAAGUUGGGAAUUCUGGGCUCUUUAGGCCGGAGUUGCUGCUGCCGAUGGGUCUGCCGGAAGACGUGAACGUGCUUGGUUGGGGCCUGUCACUGGAAAGGCCAACGAUGAUCCGAUACGGUAUAAAAAACAUCCGGGAGCUGGUGGGACACAAAGUCAACUUGCAGAUGGUGUAUGACAGCCCUAUCUGCCGCCUGGAUGCUUGAGGAGCAAGAACGCGCUGUACAGGAUCUUCCUGCCCACAGGGGCAACACACGGGGCUUUGGGAUAGGAUACAACGCUAUUGUUUAUUUAUACUUGUACAUGGGGGACAGGCAGUACUUUUUCUAUUUAGUCUGACUUUAUACAGACUCAGAGCCACUUUUAUAAACCUUUAGCAUAACUCCUGUAUUGGUUUUAUUGCUGGCCAGUGUGCUAGGGCAGGCUCCAUAUCCACCAAGUAAAUCUUAUUCUGCUCUAAA